UUUUAAAGCCCAAUCCAACAUGGUAGAAAAGUAACGUGAUCGCCACGAAAGUAUUUUUGUUAAAAAGGCAACAAUGAGAACACCCUUAAGAAAAAGGCAGAUCAUAACUUUUACUUUAACUUGGUUUGUUUAUGCAUGUUCCUAUCUACUGCGGAAACCGCUAGGAGUGGUGAAGUCAGAUCUUCAAACUUCAUAUAACCUAUCCAAGACUGACCUAGGAUGGUUGGACUCUUGCUACCUAUUGCCAUAUGCUCUUAUGCAGAUUAUACUUGGCAACCUGGGUGAUAAAUAUGGUGCUAGAAUCAUGUUGACCAUUAAUCUUGUUACAAUUAGUAUUUCAAUGUUUUCUUUUGGGUUUUGGACGUCCACAGUUGCAAUGGCAGCCCUUCUGUUUCUUAACGGUUCAGCGCAGGCUACUCUCUGGCCAAACUGUGUUAAAUCCCUUUCUGAAUGGUACGACGAUGAGCAACGUGCCACCAUUUUUGGAAUAUGGGGUACUUGUACAUUUGCUGGUGGUAUAUUUGGAACAGCACUUGCAGUUCAACUACAAGCUAUGUAUGCCCCGGAUUUAAAAAUGGUUUUCAUUAUUCCUUCUAUUGUCGUGCUCUUGGUUGCUGUUAUUAUAUACACAUUUCUAAGAACGCCCGAAGAGAUGGAAAUAGAAGUAGAAAAAAGAGUUUUACCCAAACAUAUAUCAGCAAAAGUAGAGCAAAAGCAGCUAAACUUCUUUCAGUGUUGGAGAAUAAGAAUGGUUCCAGAGUUAGCAUGGACCAUGUUUGGAAUGAAGUUGGUUCGUUAUUGUCUAUACAUGUGGCUACCGAUGUAUUUGAAUCAAAAUUUGAACUAUCCACGGGCAAGAGCUGGCAUAUUAAGUACAGCUUUUGAGAUUGGAGGCGUGUUUGGAUCCGCUGGUAUAGGCGUUUUUAUAGACAAAUUUAUGGGUGGGCGUACCCAUUGGGGUGUAUUUUUUGCUCUGAUUGGUAGCGCGACGUCUUUGAUGUUUUUUCAACUGACAAGUUCAUGGGGAUUGCUCUUUAAUUUCGCUUUUCUCUUCCUUGCUGGUGGCUGCAGCUCUGGACCGGAUUCAGUGGUGUCCGGCGCAUUGGCGUCACAAGUCGGUGAACGAGAAAAUGCUCAGUCAGCGGUUUCUGGUGUAGUGAACGGAUUUGGAAGUCUUGGUACUGUACUGGAAGGACCAAUCAUUGCAUUUAUUGCAACCAAUUUUGGUUGGGGCGGUACUUUCUACGCGAUGAUCUUUCUAACGCUCAUUAGUGCGGCCGCAAUCUUUAAAGCUGCCAUAAUGCAUGGGAAAACUACCGCAACACCAGGAACCAUAUAAAAGGAUCAGUUCGCGAAUGGGACUUUUGUUGAUAUCAUUAUAGAAGUAAAAAAUAUUAUGGAAGUAAAAGGAAUUAUUACAGAAUUAAUAUGAAGGUAAAUUAUUUUUUAUCAAGAAGAGUUUUCGACAAUACCUUUUGGAUUCAGUCCUAACACAAAGCAAAGGCUCCGAACCUGUGAGCGUGGUCAGUGAUAUUGUGCAACUUUGGAAGUUGUUUUUUAUUUUAACAGAGAAUUAUUUUCCCUUACGUUAGAUUAUUUUUCUAUGUUAUUGUAGUGUGUUUUUAGUCGCUUGUUCCCUAAGCAAGGUUCAUACUUAGAACGCAGUACUUAGAGUGCGGCUCAUUUACGUCUUUUUAUUUACAUUAAAUUUCGAAAUUCUGUGUCUUAUUUUUGUGUACUAAUAGAAAAAUAACAAUGAAAAUUAUCAUAUGAGCAUGCCUCGAACCAAAAGUGACUAUACGUUAUCUGCGAUUGCCAUGUACGGUUUAAACACACGCGCGAUUUUUUUUCAGUGUGAGGUUAGCAUUACUAUUUUCCGGCUUAUGAUCGAUGACUCAAACCCUGAUUGAGGUAUCUUAUCUUACUGUUGAUAUCGCCAGUUUAGGGGAAUAUCACCUUCGCAUUUAACUAAAAAUGUAAAUAAGGGAAUCUUCAUUUAAAUGCAUAUAGUGUAGUUUAUCUUAUGGUUUCAUGUCCUUUGAACACGAAAUUUUUAACGUUGCUUGCUGUAAUAGCUUCGUGAAUUUAGAAAAAAUAGGAUAUAUUUAUAUUAUGUGAUAUUAUAUAUAUCAUUUGUAUUUUAAUUUGGUAAAAAUUAGAAAAAAUUGAAAUAGAGAAAAUAUA